AUGGCAGCUUUGCAUCUGUGUGCCCUGCCUCAGGCUGAAGUGACCUUCGAGGACGUGGCCGUGCUUCUUUCGCAGGAGGAGUGGGGCCUUCUGGGUCCUUCUCAGAAGGGCCUCUACAGGGAAGUGAUGCUGGAGACUUACAGGAACCUGCUAUCGCUAGGAGCUGGACUUGCAGAUCCCAAGCCGGAGGUGAUUGUACAGUUGGAGCGAGGGGAUGAGCUGUGGGUGCUGGACAUGCAUGGGGCAGAGCAACCAAGCGUGGAUGGCUCAGCUCAUGGGACCAGGACUGAGAACCAGGAGGUGACUUCAGGCGAAAUGCUGUUUGGGAGAGAACUGGACGCACUCAGGCGGAGUGUUCUCCAGGGACCUGAGCCAGGAGAAGCCCAUGAGCGUGUCGGGGAGCAAGAGGGGCACCUGGACAGGCCUGAGGAGCAGAGAGGCCCCAGGCUAGUCACACUGGCCAAUGAGGAAUUUGUUAAAGAAGAUCAGAAAAUUCCUGUUGGGAAAACAUUGCAUUAUUGUGGUUGUUGUGGGAAGGCCUUCAGGUACAGCGCUAACCUUAUCAAGCACCAGCGACUACACAGUGAAGAGAAGCCCUACAAGUGUGAAGAGUGCGGAAAGGCCUUCCACCAGAGCUGUGAGCUCAUCAGUCACCGGAGGAUGCACUCUGGAGAGAUCCCCUACCGUUGCAAUGAGUGCGGGAAGACAUUCAACCAGAGGCCCAACCUCAUGAAGCACCAGAGGAUCCACACCGGGGAGAAGCCCUACAAGUGCGGCGACGAUGGCUCAAUUCUCAUCAGGCACCGUCGCACCCAUACUGGAGAGAAGCCCUAUGAGUGCAAAGAGUGUGGCAAAGGCUUUACCCAGAGCUCCAAUCUGAUCCAGCAUCAGAGAAUUCACACUGGGGAAAAACCCUAUAAAUGUAAUGAGUGUGAGAAAGCCUUCAUCCAAAAAACCAAACUUGUUGAACAUCAGAGAAGCCACACUGGAGAGAAACCCUAUGAGUGUAAUGACUGUGGCAAAGUCUUCAGCCAGAGCACCCACCUCAUCCAGCACCAGAGGAUCCACACGGGAGAGAAGCCCUAUAAGUGCAGUGAUUGUGGGAAGGCUUUCCACAACAGUUCCAGACUCAUUCACCAUCAGAGAAUCCACACUGGAGAGAAGCCCUACAAAUGCACUGAAUGUGGGAGGUCCUUCCAACAAAGCUGUCACCUCACUCAACAUCAGAGAACCUUACAUAAGUCCCAUGUGAGCGAGAAGCCCUACGAAUGCAGUGAGUGCGGGAAGACCUUCAGGCGCAGCUCCAACCUCACCCAGCACCAGAGAAUCCACUCUGGCGAGAAGCCGUACGUGUGUCAUGCCUGUGGGAAGGCCUUCAGGCGCAGCUCCAACCUUGUCAAGCACCAGAGGGUCCACACAGGGGAGAAGCCCUUUGAGUGUCCUGAGUGUGGCAGGGCCUUCAGCCAAAGCUCACACGUGAGGAAGCACCAGAGGGUCCAUACCGGGGAGAGGCCUUACUCAUGUAGUGAGUGUGGCAAGCCCUUCAGCCGGAGCUCGAGCCUCAUCCAGCACCGGAGGAUCCACACCGGGGAGAAGCCUCAUCCCUACGAGUGCCGCGAGUGUGGAAAGACCUUUGGCCGCAGCUCCAACCUCAUCCUGCACCAGCGGGUCCACACGGGAGAGAAGCCCUAUGAAUGCACUGAGUGCGGGAAAACCUUCAGCCAGAGCUCAACUCUCAUUCAGCAUCAGAGGAUCCACAACGGGUUGAAACCUCACGAGUGUAACCAGUGUGGCAAAGCCUUCAACCGGAGCUCCAACCUCAUCCACCACCAGAAGGUCCACACUGGAGAGAAGCCCUACACCUGCGUCGCAUGUGGGAAGGGCUUCAGCCAGAGCUCGCACCUCAUUCAGCACCAGAUCAUCCACACGGGCGAGAGGCCCUAUCAGUGUGGUGAGUGUGGGAAGUCCUUCAGCCAGCGCUCCGUUCUCAUCCAGCACCAGCGGAUCCACACUGGGCGCCCGGGUGUUCCUGGUGGGGAGAGGCCCUACCGGUGCGUGGAGUGUGGGAAGUGCUUUGGGCGGAGCUCCCACCUGCUGCAGCACCAGAGGACGCACACUGGGGAGAGGCCCUAUGUGUGCGGUGUGUGUGGCAAGGCCUUCAGCCAGAGCUCAGUGCUCAGCAAGCACAAGAGGAUCCACACGGGCGAAAAGCCCUAUGCGUGCCAUGAAUGUGGAAAGGCCUUUCGAGUGAGUUCGGAUCUCGCUCAGCAUCACAAGAUACACACAGGGGAGAAACCACACGAGUGUCUCGAAUGCCGCAAGGCCUUCACGCAGCUCUCGCACCUCCUGCAGCACCAGCGCAUCCACACUGGCGAGCGACCAUACGUGUGCGGUGUGUGUGGCAAGGCCUUCAACCACAGCACCGUGCUGCGCAGCCACCGGCGGGUGCACACGGGGGAGAAGCCACACGAGUGUGCAGAGUGUGGUCGCGCCUUCAGCGUGAAGAGGACCCUGCUCCAGCACCAGCGGCGGGUCCACACCGGCGAGCGGCCCUUCCGCUGUGCACAGUGUGGCAAGGCCUUUAGCUUGAAGGCCACGCUGAUUGUGCACCUGAGGACCCACACGGGCGAGAGGCCUUACGAGUGCAGCCGUUGCGGCAAGGCCUUCAGCCAGUACUCAGUGCUCGUGCAGCACCAGCGCAUCCACACAGGCGAGAGGCCUUACGAGUGUGGGGAGUGCGGCCGCGCCUUCAACCAGCACGGCCACCUCAUCCAGCACCAGAAGGUGCACAGGAAGCUGUGA